AUGGCUGCCAAACCACCCCGGAUGACCAGUGUGAAUCAUGCGGCCGGCAUCUUUGCCGACAUGUCCGUCGACGGUCCUGCCAUCGGCACUCUCGUGGCCGUCGUAGACCGUGCAAAGAACCUUCCCAAUCGAAAGACUAUGGGGAAGCAAAACCCUUACUGCGCGGCUCGUCUCGGGAAAGAGGCCCAGAAGACGGGCACCGACCUGCGUGGAGGCCAAACGCCCAAAUGGGACCAGGAACUCCGCUUUACCGUGCACGACUCGCCCGACUACUUGCGAUUAAAGCUUUCCGUCUUCAAUGAUGACAAACGAACCGACAUGAUUGGCGAGACUUGGAUUGAUUUGCAAGACCUCAUUAUACCCGGAGGCAGCCAGAGUGACCAAUGGCACACACUGCAGUUCCGUGGAAAAUACGCCGGCGAGAUCCGUCUCGAAAUGACUUAUUACGAUACUCGGCCCGAGGAUGAGGCCGUCAUAGAAAGGAGGACGCAGGGAACGGAGAGGGCUGUCAAGACUACUAGUGGCAGCAGCAGGAACACUGUGCCCGUUGCCCCAUCCCCGUCGUCAUCCCUCUCAGGGCCGCGUCAGCUGAAAGAGGUCAAACGUCGCCCUUUACCGACCGACCCUACUGGAUCUGUCGCACCACGCCCUGCUCCCGAGAAAGCAUACUCCUCUCCAGCACCUUUGCCUACCUCGCAUGCAUCUCGACCAUACGAUGGGGUUCCCACUCCUCCAUCCAGCUCUGGCAUGGACUACGCUCACCAGCCUCGUCCGAUGGCACCCCCGGUUGAGCAAUAUGAUGCACCCUACGGUUUGCCAUCGCCAGCAUCGCGUCCACGGACGUACGAAACCCCAGACGACUUCCAACGAGACUGGAGUGCUCCGGCUCCGGCACCGGUCCCAGCUCCAGGAAGACGUCCACCACAGGGUCACCCACAAGAGCAAACUUAUGCUUCGCGAGCAGAGCCGGAUUACUAUGCCAGACCACGUUCUGGCUAUGACAACGCUCCACCUGUGGACUACAGAUCUAUGAGACAAGACUUACAAGCAGGUCGACAGGAUCCCUACCAGGAAUUUGAUGUGUAUGCACCGGCUCAUGAAGCCCCACGGCCAAACAGUCGCCAUUACAACCAGCCGUAUAUGUCGCAAGACCAAUACGUGUAUGGUGCAGAAGAGUCUCAGGUUCCUCGUUAUCACCAAGCUUCCAGUAGCAUGUCUGCGCGCCACCGCCUAGAGUACCCCCAGGAAAGCGAGCCGGAUCACUAUCGGCCACACAGCAACUCACAACCCAGGCGAGGUCGUGACUACCACGCGGAAUAUGCAGCCAUGCAACCGCGUGUGGAAGAUGAAGAUGAAGAAGGACCGCCACCUCCCCCGCCCGUCCAUCGGUCAGGAUUGGUUCAAGCUAGCCAACAGUUAGUACCGUCACCAACUCCUUCGUACAAAGCUUACUCCCCAGAGUACGGCCCUCCAGAGAUGAACUUCCCCCAGCCUACGGAGCUGAUGAUCGGGGAGGACAAGUUCCCCGACCUCCCCCCCAUUACGAACGGCCCAUCCAUGCCACCCAGCCUGGUCGCUGGACUUGACCCGAUGGUUGCAGACGUGGAGUCUGAUCGGGCCGUGAACGAGAUGCAGGCCCGGAGACGCAGCGGCAUCUUCGAGGAAGACCUCGCCAUUAGCCGCAGCCACGAACCCUCUCCUAUCAUGCCGCCUUACCCGGCAGAUAACGCGCCCGCCGAAGACCAUCGUCGGUCACUCGUCACCCGAAAGUCCAUAAAUGCAGAAAGUCCCAGUAAUCAACUGGUGCUGCGAAAAUCUGUCAGCCCUAGGCCACCUAUUUCCAGAAGUCGCGGUAGCUCUCAGGUCUCCGGCUCACAGAUUCCGUUCUCCCCGGAUUCAUUCGAUUCAUAUAACCCGAACGCAGCCCGUGCUGCUAUAACCAAAGACCCGGCGCCGGCGUACGACACUCCUUCAGAAGCGAUGGAAGCGGCCAGAAGAAGUGAAGCCGCGGCGGGCCGAGAAGACGUCCCUAUUAUUGGUGAUGACGGCCGUGAAAUCGACCCGUCUGACCAUCUCCCCUCGGAUACGUGGGCGCCGGAACCAGACCGAAAACCGCGAAAACCUGGUGUUAUAGUCCGCUUCCGAAAUGCGCCUACUACUAAGAUCGCGGCACGAUCUAGCCCUCCAGCGCCUUCCAAGGACUACACCGUUCGUCCGAUGUCAUCAUACGUGUCGAGUAAUGAGCUAGAUCGAACAUCACCACGAACUGAUUACAGUCGUGGUCGGCCAGGAUACGGCGGCAGCCCUGGCGCUGGGCAUGGACGGACAUAUAGUACACCUUCUCCGCAGCCCCAACAACGUCGAAAGUCAGUCUCACCCUCGCCCUCGCCGAUGUACGCCCCUCCCCCCAACAUCGGCCCACCAGUCCCUGCAAAGGUGCCGAUUGGAGCGCCAGUAGGGUAUAGCCAGGACCCGCUAAGCCGUGAGCUCAAUUCGAUUGAUAUCGGAUCAGUUGGAAUGAGCUCUGGGCGGGGAAUGCGGAAAUAUGUCCCCAGACCUAUGAGUGGAUAUGCCAUGUAA